UUUUCACUCGGGCACUGGUCAGCGCAGUUUUCCCACUUAGCCGUUCCUCCUUUUAUGGAAUGAGGAGGAGAGGCGCAAGGAAACAAGGAAACUUCGAGAGCGAAGGAGCUCUGAUCUUGCUCCUGGUAGCAUUGGCUCCUGUUAUCUGCUCCGCUGGAAUCCUGGACCCGUGGCAAUGGGCACGGAGCGACAGGAUAGAAGUCAAUAUCCCAUGGUUGCCAUUUGAGAACGAGACGCGCUGCUAUGAUGAACUUGGCUGCUUAAACAUCACACGAAGUUGGUAUCAUCUUAUUCACCGACCUCUCAAUGUUUUCCCUCUGCCUCGGGAGGUUAUAAAUACUCGAUUUAUACUUUAUACCAACGAUAAUCCCACUGAAGGCCAAGUGUUAAUCGUAGGAAAGGAUAAGUCCAUCAAGCGUUCCAACUUCAGUGCGAAGAGAAAAACGAAGUUCAUUAUACACGGAUUUAUAGACACGCCACUUAGCAACUGGGUGAAGGAAAUGAGAAACGAGCUACUGAGGCAUGGCGACUACAAUGUAAUUAUCGUUGACUGGGCUGGCGGCAGUUUACCCCUCUAUACCCAGGCUACCGCCAACACGAGGCUCGUCGGUCUCGAGAUCGCCCACCUCGUCAAGCAUCUCCAGAAUAAUUAUGGCGUCGACUUGAGUGAUGUACACCUGAUCGGGCACAGCCUUGGCGCUCACACGGCCGGUUACGCAGGUGAGAAGCUGAACGGGAACAUCGGACGCAUCACCGGACUCGAUCCGGCCGAGCCUUACUUCCAGGGUAUGCCCAGUCACUUGCGGCUGGACUACACCGAUGCCCAACUCGUCGACGUCAUCCACACGGACGGGAAGAGCAUUUUCUUUUUAGGGUACGGUAUGAGCCAACCGUGCGGGCACCUCGACUUCUACCCCAACAAUGGCAAGGAGCAGCCGGGUUGCACGGACUUAAGCGAGACAACGCCUUCGCUGCCCUUAACGCUGAUUCGCGAGGGUCUCGAGGAGGCCUCACGCGUUCUCGUCGCCUGCAACCACGUGCGCGCCAUUAAGCUCUUCAUCGAGAGCAUAAACGGCAAGUGCCAGUAUAUCGCUCACGAGUGCGGCAGUUACGCGAGCUUCCUCAGGGGCGAGUGCUUCUCCUGCAAGAGCAACAACAGCCUCGGCUGUGGCAUCAUGGGCUACCACGCGGACAGCAGUCCCGCCCUCGUUAGAAGGCAGCAGAUGGGCCAGGAUAUGUCGGCCCUUCUCGGCUCCAAGUUCUUCUUCUCCACGGGCAAGGAUGAUCCUUACUGUAGACGACACUACAGAAUAACAAUUAAUUUGGCCAGGCCACCCACUGCUGAAAGUUGGGUGCAAGGAUACAUGAAAGUCACGCUCCACGCGGAUAAUGGCGUAAUACGUAACAUGGAUUUAACUCCAAGUGGUUACAUGAAGCUGGAGCACGGGACGACGACGCGUAUGGUAGUCGCGCACCCGGGAGGCUCGACCGGCGAGAUCGGCAAGGUGCGACGGGUGGAGCUCUCCUGGGCCUAUGACAUGGACGUCCUGCAGCCCCGUUCGCUAUGCUUCUUCUGGUGUAACGACCGGCUCUACAUUAACAGCGUCGUCGUAGACGUGAUGGAGCUGCCGGGCAGAGGGAAACGCGAGGCCGACUUCUCGAGCAAGCUCUGUUCGGCGAGCAGACAGGAGUACGCGGAGAUAGCGAGCGGCUCAACUGCCUCCUUCCUCGACAACUGCUGACCAAGGUGCAUCGCGGCAUCGUGGAGGUCCGCUCACCUGUAUAUCUUGUAAAUAAAGUAACCCGAGAAAUUUGCGACGGAUCGUGGCGCGGCGCAUUCUACAAUCGCUUAUGCGCACACUCUGAAUUCCUUGGAGGUCUGCCUACAUUUCGCCUCUUUCGCCUCAUUCUUUAUUUCUCUUAUAGAGAAGGAGUUUUUCGACGCGUCUGUUUCUUAUUGGAGGAGACUUUUCACGAA